UGGCCCCUCCCCCGGGUUUUGAGGUUUUGGCGCGAGUCGAGUGGGUCUGGGAGCCGUUGGUGUCGGUUGGACGGAGCGGGAUGUCGGAGGCAGAUUGCCCGCAGGAGUGGGCUCAGACGGCGGGAGCCCUGGCCGCACUCGAGGGGCUGCUGCUGUGCUCGGCCUGUUGCAAACUGCUGCAGGAGCCUGUCUGCCUUGGAGGAUGUGAGCAUGUAUUUUGCCGAGUUUGUAUUGCUGAUUCCCUUGGGAAGAGUUGUCCAGUGUGUCACACACCAACCUGGGUGAAAGACCUGCAGCCAAACAGACAGCUGCACAAUAUUGUCAACCUGUGCAACCAGCUUCGAGUUCACCUGAAUGUCAGAGGCUCUCAAGGUGCUAAAUGCAAUCCAACUGGAUCAGAAAUCGGACCUGAAGAUGUAACUGAUAAAAAAUGGCAAAUGAGAACAUGGUUCAGCCCACGCAGUAGAAAAAUGAGGUGUGUGCUAGAAAUGAAUGCUACUAGGAAGAAUCGGAAUGUGGCUCCCAGUUCUGGAUGUAAUGGGCCAUCGCUUUCAGUGUUCGAAUUCACAUCAUCACCUUCCCCUCCACUCAACUCUCCAAAGAAGAAAACGUCGAUUAACUCAAAACAGGCAGUAAGGAAAAGAUUGGCUGAUGCCAAUAAAGAUUGGGGUUUUGGAAAGAGAAGAAGCAAGAAAAUGACGAGAGAAAAUGACAGUCCUGGAAAUAUAGAUUGUGAUCGAGUUGUCUCGUUUUGUAGCCAGCCAGUGGCCGUCAGCAGUCAGGGACAAACAGUUGCAGGUGAGGCAGCUGAACAGUCACUCGCAUUUCCACUGGAUAACAAUGUGAUGGGCUCCAGUGUAGAAUCUUUGACCGAGAAUGUGAUUGAGAGUUCUUCUGGAGCAUGCUCUACUGCAUCAGUUUACAGUUGCAAAGAUAUUUUUCUUGGACAAACUUUCAGUCAGGAAGGACGCACUUUUUCUCUUGUCACUGUCCCACCCAUAGAAACAAAUGCUAAAAGAUCAAGGAAGUCAUCAGAAUCAUGCAACCAAACUCUUGCCAAAAAGAGCAGAAGAGAAGUGCAAAAUUGUUGCAUUGAAGAGUCAUCUGCAAGUCAUGAUGCAAUUGUAUGUGAGCCAGCUAAGUUAGGCGCACAUCAGGAAUUUUCAGCUACUUCAGUACAUCAAGCUGAGUUAAGCGAGAGCAUUGAUGAGACACAAGCGCUUUCUUCAACAGAAAAUAGCUGUGGUACACCACCUAGCGGAUGCAAUACUCAAAGAAAGCAAUGUGCAACACCAAAAUCUCCUCAAACACCACUAACUACAUUUAGGAACAAGUUGCCUAGAAGUUGUGCAACGACUCCAAUCUCGCCUCUUACUCCCACAAUGAAAAGAAAUCACAAGGGUGAGACUCCCCUCCACAUUGCUGCCAUAAAGAUGGCGUUUUGGAGGAUGACUGGAAGAAAUUUGGGUAUUUUGAUAUCCGCUGGUGAUAUUGUUGCAGUGGAGCAGCUUUUGGAGAAUGGAGCAAAUCCAAACAUCAAAGAUAAUGCAGGAUGGACACCAUUGCAUGAAGCAUGCAACCAUGGGCAUGUGGAAAUUGUAGAGCGGCUGCUGAAAUUUGGCGUGUUAUUAAACACACCAGGGUACCAGAAUGAUUCUCCCUUGCACGAUGCUGUCAGAAAUGGACACGUGGAUGUUGUAAAGCUGCUAAUCUUACACCAUGCAUCUCAGGAUGUGAUCAAUAUCUUUGGGUUGCGGCCUGUUGAUUAUGCAAGUUCUGAAGAAAUGAUAGCAGCCUUACACCAGCCCCCCAAAACUGAGGAUCCAGUUGCUGAACAGUGCUUUGCUGUGACUUCAAACCAGAGAAGAGAUGGACCUAUUGUAUUACUGGGAGGUGAUCUCCUUGGAGCCAAAAAGAAAAAGCUUGACAAAUUAGUAAAGCUGUUGAAAGCUGGGAACUGCACUGAAUUUAAUACCUCGGUGACGCACGUUAUUGUUCCCAAUGAUCACGCUCUCUCUACCAUGAAGUCUUUGAUGGGGAUUGUCUCUGGCUGCUGGCUUGUGAAGUUUGAAUGGGUGAUAGCUUGCCUGGAGAAGAAUGAUAGAGUAGCUGAAGAAGACUAUGAGAUAAAUGUUGUAAAUGGUCCCAAGCGUGGACGACGCAACCAGGAGCAACAGCUGCCAAAACUAUUUGAUGGCUGCCACUUCUAUUUCAUGGGCCCAUUCAAAAGCUGCAAGAAAGAAGAUCUCGUUCAUUUGGCCAAGGUUGGUGGGGGGCAGGUCCUUGCCCGGCAGCCGAAACCAGACAGUGACGUGACUCAGAGCAUCAACACUGUGGCCUACCACGCAUCCCCUGGCUCAGAUCAGUCAUUCUGUACACAGUAUAUCAUCCAUGACAAGGACAGUAACUAUAAGCCUGAAAGAGUGAGGUUAGGCAAAGUGUGGACUACCAAUUCUAUGUGGCUGAUCAACUGUAUUAAAUCAUUUGAACUGCUAUUGAUAACUGAACACUAAUGAAAUUAUCUGUAUAUGCAGAUGAAUUUUAUAAAAUGAAGCUCAAAAUGAUGUGCUAUUGAUACAAAAUUAUGAAAAAAAUUGCUUGAAAAUGUAAACGCAGCUCAGAAAAUGCAAAUAAUAUUAAAAUUAUGGGUCAAAGUUUGGUUAAACUAAUCACCGUAAAAAUUGCUUUAUAAUGACCUUUCUCUGCUAGCUUCACUUGUACUGUGUCACAUUAAGUGUUCAUUACCCUAAAUUAAGCUCAUUCAAUAAAAAGAUUUAUUUUAUAUCUUGCUCUACACGUUUUUCACACUCAAUUUGUUUUAACAUGCAAAGAAUAAUGAAAUACAUCUGUUUAACUUGAAUCCAGACGUGAUGUGUGCCAGCUUUCAUAGGUAUAUGUUAAUCCUUUGAUUAUUAAUGUGCUGGUUAUCAAAUCAUGUAUUUUUGUAAUGAAGGGCUGUCCCGGUGUUAAAUCUGUCCACCGCUCUGGUUGCUGCCAAAUCAGUGAAAUGAAAAUAAACGGAUGAAAUACUCCAGUAAAAUUUGUGAAA